GGUUCCCGAAAGAAACGUUCAUUAGAUCAAGAAGAAAGUAGUUCAGAUUCAAAUGAAGAGAAAAACGUUAAAGCAGCAAUAAAGAUUCAAAGUGCUUAUAGAGGUCACCGAGUCAGAAAAAAUCUUAAGGAAAAACCAAAUAAAGAAACAACAGAAAGUAUAGAAGAUCUUCAAUCACCAUCAAGACAUAUACUAGCAAGCAAUUCACUAAAAAGUCAGAUUCCGGUGGCAGUUAUUCAUCCUACAAAAUAUUCUAAUUCUUCAGAAGAAGAUAAAACAGAAAAAGUUGCAGGAAUAAGGAACACGACAACUUCAAGAAACUCCUUCAAUUCUAAUCAGAAGAAUUCUAAAACUUCACCACACAAAACAACUUCUUUGAAAAGACAAAAGCCAGUAGGAAAGCGACCAAAUGUUAAAAGUACUACUUCUGAUGAAAAAACUGAAGAUCCCUCAACAUCGCAGAAAAGUUCAAAAGAAGUCAAUGAACAAACAUUUGUAAACAAUAAUCUUGAUCAAACUAUUAAAAUGGAUAAAACUCUGAUACUGGGAAAUAGAAAACUUAUCAAUAAUGGAAAUAAAUCCAGGAAUCCCAAAACUAAGACAUUUUCAGUAAGUGAAGAUAUGCUUCAACAUGCCAGGGGAUCGAAUAACGUAAGGACUCAAUUUGAAAGAAAAGGCAAAUCCCUAUCGACGAAUGGGAAAGUUCAAAGUCAGGAAACUUUCGAUUUAGAAAAAAUUAAAGAAGAACUAUUGUCAAACACGGUUAAAACUCCUCCGCAAUCUGGAAGCAAAAAGAAGAAGGUCUUGAGAAUUAAAAGCGGAAAACAAAAAAGUCCUAAAAAGCAAAAUAAGGGAACUAAAAUUCCUCAGAAAUCACCAAGUAAAAUAAUAGAAAAAGAACCUGGAAAGCAAGCUGAGAUACAAAGUGAGGAAACCACUAAAGAGAAUUCAGAAAAAAAUGAAACUGAUCUUUCUAAAACAUUUAUUAAAGAAUCGGUCUCUGACACAAAAGAGGCUGACAGCAAUAUACCAAAAAGAACACUGAAUAAAACUUAUACCGUGAGAUCAUCUUUGAACGAGGUUGAAAACUUGAGUCCGCAGUUAGAAACUUUGAACGAGAGAGCAGAAAAUGGUUCGGAAGACCUUUUUGAUAGUUUAAAAAAAGACGUAGACAAGCUUAAAAGCGAUGUCCAAGAAAAAUCAGCAGUAACUAUUCAAAAAACUUUCCGCGGCUUCAAAACAAGGAAAGACUUGAAAAAUAAAGGUUCCAAGGUGGUCACAGAAAUCCUCCCCACUGUCACUGAAACAGUUUUGAAAAACAACGAAGAAAGUUCUUCGGAAGAAAAAGAGGCUAUGGGAACAGUUAGAGAAACUGAAGAAGAAAGUUCUUUGGCUGUUACAGAGAAUCUUAAAAAAGCAGCUACAAACAUUCAAAAGACUUAUCGGGGCUAUAAGACUAGGAAGAACUAUAAAACUAUUAAGGAAGAAAAAAUUAAACUCAAAAUUUAUAACUUGGAUGUGGAAGCUGAAAAAGUUCCUAGUAAACCGAAUUUAAAAUCUUCUGAAGAUUGUCCCGAACAACCUUUAAACCAAAUCGAGGAAGAAUCGGCUAUUAAGGAAGGAAAGAAGACGCUUAAAGGUGACAAAGUUGAAGAAAUUGAAGAAAAGAGUUCUUCGAUUCUUGGAAAACAGGAUGACCUGGCCCUUGACAAAGCAGCAACAAACAUUCAAAAGACCUACCGGGGCUAUAAAUCAAGGAAGAACUAUCAAGCUUUUAAAGAACAAAGAAAUAAACUCAAAUCCAACAACUUUGAAGCCGAAAAAAAUUCUAAGGGACCGAAGUUACCAAUUUCUCUCGAAGAUAAUUCAGAAUCUUCAAAUCAAUGUAAAGAAGAAUCUGCUACUAAGGAAGAAAGCAAAAAGCUUAAAGAGGACAGUAUUCAAGAAAAAGAGGAAGACAAUUCUGAUCUAGCUCUUAACAAAGCAGCAACAAAUAUUCAAAAGACUUAUCGGGGCUAUAAGACAAGGAAGGACUACCGAGCUAUUAAGGAAGAAAAGAGUAAACUCAAAACUGACGAUGUUAAUGUUGAACCUGGAAAAGUUACCAAAGCACGGGAAUUACAAACUGCCUUUGAUGAUAAUCCGGAAAAAUCUUCAGGCGGAAACCUAGAAAAAUCGAAUGAAAGCAAACCGGAUUUAGAAAAACCUUCUGAAGAAAAUUCAGAAGAAUCUUCGAUACAAAGUUUAGAAAAAUCAGCUUUAACAAUUCAAAAGACCUUCCGAGGUUAUCAAACUAGAAAAGAACUUAAAUCUAGGACAGUAAGUCAAACUGCUAUCAAAGAAAAUAAUGAAAAAAAUGAAGCUGAUGAUGAAAAACCUAAACCCAGUGAAGAGGGCUCCAGUAUAUUUGAAAACUUACAAAAAAGUGUUGAGGGUUAUAAGAGUUCAGUUCUUGAUAAAUCUGCAACAACAAUUCAAAAACAUUUCAGAGGUUAUAGAACUAGGAAUGAUUUGAAUAAAAAAGGUGUCAGAAGUGGGAUAUCAAAUAACACUGAAGAUAAUAAUUUACUAGACGGAAACUCACAAGUUAAUGAAGAGGAAGAGAAAAUAAUUGACAAAUCAACUGAUCUUGAAAGCAAUGUUCAAAGUGAAGCACCCAUAGAAAAAGGAACCAAAGAAUCUGCUUUUAAGACAGAAAUGGGAGGCAGUGAAGAUAAGGCCUCAUCUGAUCUUAACAAGUCUGCUACGACAAUUCAGAAGAAUUUCAGAGGCUACCAAACCAGAAAACAGCUCAAGACGGAGAAAGCAGAUAAGCAUAAAGUAAUAAGUAGUGGAGAAAUAACAGAAGACAAUGGUAUCAAAAAGAAGAUAGGUGAAGAGAAAACUAGUCCCAAUCAAAAGAGGGGUGCUUUUGACAGCUUCGACGUAGAAGAAUUUCAUAAUGAAGCUCUGGAGAAAUCAGCAGUAACAAUACAGAAGACAUUUAGAGGAUAUAAAACACGAAAAGAUCUUCAAAGCAACACAAAAGAAGAUCAAACUCAGGUAAAGGUCUCAAAUGAAGAUCAAGAUCAGACCAAUUCUAGCAACUCAAAUAAAAAACAAAAUAUUGAAGAAAUUUCUGUUGAACAAAAUGUUGAAAAAUUAGCAGAAACUACAGUGGAGGCUGAAGAUCAUAUAUCUUCUACCGAAGAAUCUUCUCAAAAUAUCGAUUCAUCUGAAAAUCUUCUUCAAAAAUCAAAUUCUGACCGAAAAUCGCAACAAGAAUCAUCGAAAUCAUUAUCAGCAGAAGCAAUUCUUGAAAAUGCAGCAUCAACAAUACAAAAAUCCUAUCGCGACUAUCAAAUGAAAAAGAAUAAUCUCUCAACAAAAAGUUAUUCAAAUGGAAUUCGUGCUGCAUAUGAAGCAACAACAACUCAUAAAGAAGGUCUUGAACAUUCAGAUGAAUCAAGUACUUUCAUUGGACCAGAUACAUCAUUUGACUUAUCCGAUGUUGAUAGUGUUGAAACAAAAAGUGAAAAAACACUUGAAUAUGAUAAAAUAAAUACUUCAGAAUCUCAUACUCCAGUAAAUAAUGAAGAAGAUGGUCAAAUAUCAACAUUUGCAAUGAAUAUUCAAUAUGAAGAUAAACAAAUAGAUAAUGAAGAUUCACCAAAACUUCGUCUUAAAAGGCACAUUAUUGAACCUACAGCUCCACCUUUAGAUGAAAUUGUCACAACUGAAGAUUCAGUAGAUGUUUCUAGUCCAAAAUUAAAAUGGUUUGUUGGUGAAGAUCCAAUAAUCCCAUCUGAUAGUAGUUCUUCUUCUCCUGUAAAUCCUUUAAUUUCUUCUUCUGCUUCUUCUUCUAGUAAAUUAAAUAAUAACAAUUUGAGUAGCAUUGAUGCAUGUCGUGAAAUAAAUUUAAAUUCUAAUCAACAACUAGCGCCAUCUAUUAAUGAUUCAACUGUAGUUAGUACUAGUAGUUUGUUGUUGCAUACUAAUAAAAAUACUGAGAUAAUAAAUAAAAAUACUUUAAAUAAAAAUUCUCGGAUAGUUUCAGCAAAUAAUAUUGAAGAAGAAGAAAUUAUAAAUGAAGAUAAUAAUUUGGAGAAAAUUGUUCAAAAUGAAGAUAUAGCGAAGAAAUCUGAUGAAAAUGAUGAAGAAGAUGGAGCUAGUUCAAGCGUUCAGGAGGAUGAAACCGAGAAGAAGAAGGAAGACCAUAAAGAAGUCACCAAGGAAGGUUCAACGGAAUUGUGUAAGAACUGUGCUGAGGGUAUUCAUCAAGGUGGUGUAUGUUCGGAAGACUUAAUCAAAAGUUCAAGGAAUGAAGGCCAAAAAUUUGACCCAUCAGAUCCAAUGAAACAUUUUGUUCUAAUGGAAGAACUAAACCAGACAAACAAGUCCCAUUCUGAAGAAUCUUCAGUCAUUUUAUCUCAAAAAGAAGAAGAAGAAAAACUUUCCUCUGAAUCUAAAGUCGACUCUUCAAACGUUAAACCAACUCCAAGUGAUCUUAUUCGGAAGAAUUCACAAAAUGAAGAUGUAACUGAAGAAUUGAAAUCUUCAAUUGACUGUCCUGUUAUAUCUCUGAUACCACCAUCAUCAGAAGAUGAUAUUUCUGAACGGGAGUCAAGUAAUGAAGCUGAGAAAAAAGAUGAAGAAGUCAAGCAAGAGAAGACUAAAAAUAAUCAAAAUGAAGAUAACGUCGAAAUGGGUGAGGAAAAUAAAGAUAGACACGAACCAACAAAUGAAGAAUCACAGUCAAAGACUCAAGUUAAAAAAGAAGAUAUCGCGACGAUUGUGGAUUCAAAAGAAAACAAGGAAGACACAUCUUUAGGAGAAAAACGUGUUCAAGAAGUUGAAGCAGACAAAGAAGUUACAGAAUCUUUGAAUGUUUCAAAAACUGAUGAAAAUGUAAAUGAAGCAUCACUAUCUAAACAAAAGGGUUCUGAUGAUUUGAAACAUGAAGAUCCUGUAGAAGAUGCUUUUAAAACACGACCAGGAGAAGAAUUUGCAAUAAAAGAACAUGGCUUUGAAGAUGAUUUUAGUGAUAGUAAGGAUAUUGAAGAUCCUUCUGAAGACAAUACAAUUUCUACUGUAUGGGAAAACAAAAGUCAGCUAAUGGAAGAAGAUACACUUGUAAAGAGUGAAGAAAUGGAUAAAAAUGAAGACACAAAUGAAUCUACUAUUAUUCAAAAGGAAAAAACGUUUGAUGAUAAAGAAAAAGAUUUAGAGGAAAACCCAAAUAAAUUAAAAGAUUUUCAAAAUUCUGUAACAAAAGAAGAUAAAGAUUCUGAUAAAUCAGGUGAGAAACAUGAAAUUUCUACUGAUCUUCAAGAAAAGAGUAUUGAAGACAAAACUCAAAUUAUGGAGAAGAAAGAGGACAUUAAAGGAUCUAAAGAAAAUGAAGAAAAGUGUUUAACAAUGAUUGAUAAAAUGAACAAUGAAGAUGUUGAUGACACAACUGAAGCAUCAAAAGCAAAAGCCAUUAUUGAAGACAAGAAAGAUUCUGAUAAAAAGGGACAUGGUCAACUUUCUGAAGACUUGGAAAUCGCAGCAAAACUGAUUGAAAGUAGUCUUUCAGAUCCUCAAGCUAAACUCCUUGAAAAACAAAGCAACAUUUCUAGUGAAGAUCAAUCGAAUAAAAACCAAAUGAAGAGUGAAGAUCAAACGGAAUCUUCUAAAAUUAAUGAAGAUGAGAAACAACCAGACUCACAAGUCGAAGCUAAACUAGAAAAACUAAUCGAAGACAACCUAAAACCAACUGAAGACACAACAAACACAGUUGACCCAAAAGAUCUCCCAACUGAAAACUCUUCACACGAGGUUGUCGAAGAGCCAUGUAUUAAAAAAAUUGCUCCCCCAACACCAUAUACAGGCAGUUCAGAUCCAGACGAAUCCGAACUUGAAUCAACUACAACAAAAGCAGAAUCUACUACAACAACGCCUGGUUAUGAUGAAACCUCAGAGACUGAUGCCUUAGAUAUGCCUACUUCCAAGCCAGAUGCUUUGGAAGCUAUGACUGAAAAGCUGCGAGAACCUGAAGAAAUGGUAGCCCGUAUGCAUCAAAGACGUGCAUCAGAACAUCAAAUUUCCAUGGAGAGUGUAACCGAUCAGCAGGGGGCGGCAGUUUUUGAAGAACCAAUUUGUGAGCCUAUCAAACCUAUGCAGAAAAUUCAGAAAUCAAGUUCAACUGAUGUUGAAGAUGAUUUUGUUUUACAGAAGCUUCAACGAGGCGAUACAACUCGUGAGAGUAGUGCUCAAAGUGAGUCUGUAGUUUUUGGAGAUACUACUUCACAACAGGCUACUGAAUCUGAAGAUACUUUCAAUGAAAAUAUGGAUCUUCAUUCUCUUCAUCGAAUGAAUACAAUGUCGGGAAAUCGAAGUACUUUUAAACCUGCAAGUCAUCUGUCUAAGUCAGUGACUAUCGAUGAUACAGUGAAGUAUAUUGAUCCGGUGAAGUCAACAACUGAAGAGAGCGGAAGUAGUUUCUGUAUGGACGAUGCCUUGUCUGAAGAUGUCCGUAAGAAAAUGAUGGCCUAUUCUGUUUCUGAAGCUGAUUCAGAUUAUUAUGACGUUGGAGACCAAACUAAUCAUCCCCACGAUGAUUUCAACAUUAGCACAGCUUUGGACACUUUCCCAUCGACUGACACUGAUACAACAAUUGUCUCUGCAGCAGCAACGAAGAUCCAAGCUGGUGCCAGGGGCUUUUUGACACGACGUCGAAUUCGUCGUGCAAGUAUGGGCACGAAGACGUCCUUGACCGAAGAAGAAAAGAAUCUGUCAUUUGGAUCUCUCGAUCAGUUGGCAGAGGAAGAAGUUGGAAGGCGCCAAUUUAAUCGUCAAACUGGCGUUAAUUCCUUGCCCUCGGCCUUGGAGCAUUCUGAUGAAACAUUGUCACCACUCGGUGAAGAUAUUCAAACACCAACAAAGCAUUCCCCAAAUAAAACUGAAGCAGAAAGAACCAAUAAAAUUGCCACAUCAUCAUCUAAUGACGUCAAUAAUGAACUAGAUAAGCCAGAAGAUGAUGAUGAUUCAUUCCAAAUCGCAAAUUUAGAUUCAACUGUAGCGCGACGUUUAACUUUGCAACGUGGCGAUGCUCUGCGAAAUGAUUCUACACCGGACGAUGAAAACGGCGGUGGCGGUAAUGGCAAACAGGUGGAUUUAGCCAAAAAUACUGUCGCCUCAGCUCCAACAGGCGGAAAGAUGUAUGCUCAUGAGAGAACUAUGGUUGAAUCAACAACAACUACGACAACAACUAGAACAACAACAGAACGGAGGAAUUAUUCUGACGCAGCCGUAUCAAGCAAAAAGGAAAAAAUCAAAUGGUUUGCAUUGCGCCAAAAUUCAAUGCCCGUCCAAAUUGACUCUGAAGUAUUUCGCGUUUUGCCCAAGCACAUGCGGAAGCGGAUCAAGAGUGCCGAAGGUGAGAAGCCAAAACGCAUUCGUCUUCCCCGAGACUAAUAGGCGCGACUUUACAUUGAGAUUUAUCGUACCAUAAAAUUUAUAUUUUGUAAACGUCCAAAAAAAAAACAAAAAAAAAAGAUACAAAAACAAAACAAAUAAACAAAGAAGUAUUUUCUAAAUAA